AUGUCGUACGGAUCCAUAAGUGCGUCGGAAGGGUCUACGAAGGGCUCCGACACCCUCGUUCAAUCGUCGCAGGUUAGAGACCACCUUGAAAAUGGAAUCGUGACCCCCGCGCCUGUCGGUGACGGCGAGCAGGUGCAGACAGAAGAAAGUCUUGCAGAGCACGGAGAUGCACAGCACCAGACGAUAUGGCAGAAAUUCAAGAGAUUUUAUGAGAGGAAUAUAGGCCUAUUUUUCGUGUUCCUUGCCCAAGUCUUCGCAUCGCUGAUGACCAUGGCAACACGGUUGCUGGAGACGGGCUUCGAGACCAAAUUCCACGCCUUACAGAUUAUCUUCGUACGCAUGCUCGCCACGGCAGUACUGGGUUCUCUGUGUAUGUGGUAUAAGAAAGUGCCCGAUUUUCCGCUCGGACGUCGCGAUAUUCGCGGCCUCCUGGUGUUGCGGGGACUGACUGGCUUCACAGGCCUCUUCUGUUCCUAUUACUCGCUAUCAUAUUUGAACAUAUCGGACGCCACGGUGAUUUCUUUCUUGGUGCCAACUAUGACCGCCUUGGUGUGUUUCAUAGCUCUAGGGGAACCAUUCACGAUAAAAGAGGCCGUAGCAGGUCUGAUUGCAUUUAGUGGCGUGCUCUUCAUCGCCCGACCUACGUUUCUCUUCCCGCAGCACAGGGUACAGGAACCAGAGCUCGAUGGAACGAGGCUAUUCAUGGCGGACCAGCCCAAGGGCAUAGUCCCUUCCGUACCGGCGACACCCGCUGAGCGUACGGUCGCCGUUCUCUUGGCUGUCAUCGGUACCUUUGGUGCUGCGGCGGCGUACUCCACUAUUAGAGUCAUCGGAAAGCGCGCGCACUCGCUCGUGAGCGUCAACUACUUUGCUGUCCUUGCGACAGUCGGUUCAUUCGUCAUCAUUCUUGUCCUUCCAGAUUUGCACUUUAAGAUUCCUCAGACUGUUGCGCAAUGGCUCCUCCUGACAGCUAUAGGCAUUGCCGGUUUUCUGCUUCAGUUCCUAUUGACAGAGGGCUUGCAGAGAGAGAAAGCGGGCAGAGCAACGAAUUUCAUAUACACGCAAAUGGUUUUUGCGCUCAUACUUGAACGGGUGGUCUGGGGCACGACGCCUCCAGCUGAAAGUCUCUUCGGCAGCGCCUUAAUUAUCGGGUCGGCGAUAUGGGUUAGUUUGCAGAAGAGCGAGACAACUACUGAGCAGAAAGCUCGGGUCGUCGACGAAGAGCGGAGCUUGUUAGGAGCUGAAGCUCCUACAGAGAAUCGCGGAGAUUGA